AUGAUGACAUGGGCCAUCGAGCUCUCCCAAUACAAUUUGCAGUACGAGCCCCGGCAUGCAAUCAAGGCGCAGGCAAUGGCAGAUUUCCUAGUGGAGGUGAUAACCCGUUUCGGCAUACCAGAGGUCGUCAUUUCGGAUAAUGGGACUCAAUUCACCGACAAGAAGUUCACGGAGUUCCUCGCCGACUUGGGGAUAAAGCAAAAGUUUUCCUCAGUUGAACAUCCCCAGACGAAUGGACAAGUGGAAUCCGCAAACAAAGUCAUCCUACUAGGCCUCAAGAAGCGCUUAGACAACAAGAAAGGCGCAUGGGCCGACGAGCUCGCUUCGGUCCUCUGGUCCUAUCGGACAACCGAACAAAGCUCCACAUGA